UUCACGAUCAGAGUAAAUGUAAACAGCACAGGUGACGGAGGUGACACGUCUGCGCCGGUGUGUGAGGAUCGUUUUCGCGUCCACGAUUGCUAUUUUUUCGAAUCAGAUGAGUUGUCAUCCAGAAGUCGCGAAACACGGAUACAUUUACAUAUCUUCCUCGUGAUUAUUCAAUUAAGUUUUGCGCCAAUAUUAAGCUUGCACCAAGACCAUGUCGGCUAUCAGAUUCAAUAGACGGGUUGUGCGCUACUUUUUGAUCGCCUUCUUCGUGGUCCUCUUUCUCUAUGUCCUGAUGACCGGCGGCGGUGGCAACUCUAAGAGUUCCACCUCAGCAAUUAAAAAGAAACCAUGGAUGACAACAGGAAAGUUAGGCAACUUCGAGCCGAAGGAGAUAAUUGAAAGGGAAGGCCCUGGUGAAGGUGGACACGCGCAUCAUCUCAAGCCAAACCAAGAAAACGACGCCGCUGCCUCCCUUUCAGCCUAUGGCAUGAACAUGGCCUGUUCGGAUGAAAUUUCUUUAGACAGAACUAUCCCAGAUUUGAGGAUGGAUGAGUGCAAAUACUGGAACUACCCUGAAGAUCUUCCAAGGGCGAGUGUGGUGCUUGUGUUCCACAAUGAAGGUUGGUCAACCCUGAUGAGAACGGUGCACUCGGUGAUCAACAGAACGCCACCCCAAUUUCUGGAGGAAGUUUUGCUAGUUGACGACUUCAGUGACAAAGGUUUUCAAAACCUGAAGGACAAACUGGAGACCUACAUAAAAAAGUUCAAUGGGAAGGUCAGGCUGAUCCGCAACCCGGAGCGACAAGGACUGAUCCGCACAAGGGUUCGAGGUGCUGAAGAGGCUCGAGGGGAGGUCGUCAUCUUCCUGGACGCUCACUGUGAGGUUGGAACCAACUGGAUUCCACCUUUGCUCGCGCCUAUUUACUACAACAGAACAACUAUGACUGUGCCAGUCAUUGAUGGAAUCGAUCAUGACCACUUUGAGUACCGCCCCGUGUACCAAGCUGGACAACACUUCCGUGGUAUUUUCGAGUGGGGAAUGCUGUACAAGGAGAAUGAGCUGCCAGACAAAGAAGUGCAGAGAAGAUCAUUCAAUAGCAUGCCUUAUGACUCGCCUACCCAUGCUGGAGGGUUAUUCGCCAUAAACAGAAACUACUUCCUGCAGAUUGGCGCAUAUGACCCAGGUCUCCUGGUUUGGGGCGGAGAAAACUUUGAGCUCUCAUUCAAGAUUUGGCAAUGUGGCGGAAGCAUCCAAUGGGUUCCUUGCUCCAGAGUUGGACACGUGUACCGCAGCUUCAUGCCUUACACCUUUGGAAAACUGGCUGAGAAGAAGAAGGGACCGCUCAUUACAAUUAAUUACAAGCGCGUAAUCGAAGUGUGGUUCGACGAUAAAUUCAAGGAGUAUUUCUACACACGAGAGCCUCUGGCUCGCUACCUGGACAUGGGAGACAUAUCAGAGCAGCUGGCGCUCAAAGACAGACUUCAGUGCAAGAGCUUCCAGUGGUUUAUGGACAAUGUUGCCUACGACAUGAGGGAGAAGUUCCCAGAGCUGCCUCCUAAUGUCCAUUGGGGAGAGAUGAUCAACAAAGCAACCAAGGAGUGCAUUGACACGAUGGGACAUGCUGCGCCGACUGUGAUGGGCAUGUCUCCUUGCCAUGGCUGGGGCAACAACCAGCUGGUGAGGCUAAACGCCAAGGGCCAGCUUGGUGUUGGUGAACGUUGCAUUGACGCAGACCGGCAAGGAAUAAAGCUGGUUUUCUGCCCGCUCGGCAGUGUUGAAGGACCCUGGCACUAUGAAGAGGGUGACAAGACGCUGAUGCACAAGGAAACGCGCAAGUGCGUAGCUUUGCACCCGCAGUCCAACAACCUGUCCCUGAUGCCCUGCGACCCCAUCAACACUUACCAGCAGUGGGUGUUCAAAGAAAUCCCAUCGCCCUGGCAUUAAUUUUUGGUGCACCAUCGUCGCGUUUGAUACUCUCCAGUUCUAUCCCAGCUGGACUGCCAAUGGAAUUGUGCACCUACAAGUGACUUUUUACAAACUCUUGAGUGUCAACAAUUUUAAUUGCUGUAUAACUGUGAUAUGGCCAUUUUGGGGAAAAGCACAGGGUCUAAAGUGGAGCGGUUGUUAAAAACACAAACUAAUAUUCCAACUGAAUAUUCGGUAGCAUAAAAUUAGCAGAGAUAAUCAAAUUGUUUGCUCUAAUCAUUUUCUCAAUUAACUGCACCUUCCUUUUUGCACUGUGAGACAUGGAUCCAAAUGAGACCUUCUGUGUGUGUGCCCUGUUCUCUAAUUGUAACACUUGCGAGAUCAAGCUAAAUUGUUGUUCAAUAUUCAAUUUUCUAAUUAAUGUUCCUUAUCAAAGCAUGGAUUGCAGUUGCACUUUUGAAUUCCGUGAGAGCACAGGAGCAGUAGUAGUGAAACCUUUCUCUGAUGAGUACAAAUAUUGUGCUCAAGAAUUAUCUUUAAUGUUGGACAAACUUUGAUGAGAACUUAAAACCUUUUGGUAUGCAAUUUUCCCUAUUAUUGCUAUUCACUAAGGAUUAUAGAUCCCUUUUUAUCUCGUUACUACUUUUCGAGUGAAAGUAAUUAUUGCUGCAAGUUUAAUUACUCUCUGAUCAAAUUGCACAGCAGACAGCAUAUCAUUGUAGUGCCUGACAACUGUCCUCAGUAUUCUUGAUAUUAAGUGAAGUUUUAUAAAUUAUUGUGCCAGCACUGUUUAUUUAUGCACGCAUUUAGCAAACCAGUUGAGUUUUUUGUUCUUUAUUUUUUUGGUGUUGGGAGUCAUUUCAGUGUAUCUCUUAUCAUGUCUUGGUAUCCCAUCAGAUGUUUCCCUAUUUUUUUUCUGCCAGGACAGAUAAUUUCUGUUAUUUGUUAAUAAUUUAGAAUUUGAUCGUUGCGAUUAUUCAUCUAAAUUAUUAGUUUUUUGUGAAAAAAUUCAAAUAAAAGAAAUGUAUUAAUUGAAAAAA